AUGGUUGCGACAUUUUCACCGCAUCGUGAUGCGGGCGGCACGCUUCACUUACCUUCUCACUCUGGUAUUCACCACAUGGACGCCAACUCGGCUAUCCGACAACUUCGCCGAUCAUUUUCCCGUUCACCCUCGAAGAGCUCGAAUUUUUCACUUCUUGCGUCUCGAAAUCACUCACCGUCCAAGAGCACGUAUGUGUCUUCGCCAUUAUCGCCGUCGCGAAGAUCCGUGCAGGGCAACUUUGUGCUCUUUCCCAGCUCGUCGCAUCAGUCGCCGUUCGCCAUCCCAUAUCCACCAAGCGCUAAGAUCUCACGACCUACUAUGCGCCGCGCGCGCACAUCACCUCGAAGUCCAGUAAAACGUGCUCUUAACGUCUCAACCGACCAAGGUAACGCAAAACCUCCGCACGGAAUCCCUGUCACACCCGGAGAAGAGAACUCUCCGACAAUCCCAGGAGUAAGCAUGUCGCCUGACGAAAUGGGUGGUGGUGGUGUCGGUACGUGCUCCAACGACCCUGCCGUAUUUGCCGACGGGGGUACGCCUACUUCCCGCCCUUCGGCAUCCCGAAUUGAGAAACGACGAAGCGGCACAUUCGGAUCAUAUCCAGCUGUUAGCCCGCUGAAACGGAGCGAUGGCAUCAUGAAUCUAGAUCGCGCAUCACGGGGAAGCCCAUCGGCCAAACGGCGGAGCGUGCACUCCGUGAACAUCUCGGGAGACUUUAGCAUAUUCGACAGCGAAAGCACCACCCCUCCAGACGACCUUAAAACGGCAGAGAGUCCACUAGAAACGGACGCCUUAUUCUUUCCAACGUCGACAACGCCACCAUUCAGCCCUUUUGCUACUGUUCCCAGGCGCACUUCUUCCCUGCGACGGUCAACCCUGCAGCAGCGUCAGAGUGACCGAUCCUUGUUCUCUCGAGCUAGGGCUAUGGGUGACUCGGAUGGUCCUGAUUCUAGCACGCCUCUCACUGUGCGCUCACGGCCGGCUUUGGAUAGCAAUACAUUCCAACCGAUCCGGGAGAGCUUGUUUUCUCCAAGGCCUGCGCAGAGCAGCUCCUUAUUCUCUACCAGUCAUGGCCCGGCAGAAUCGCGACCUGCUGCCCAUCCGUUGUCCCGGACAAUCACACAGUCUUCUUCCAGCUCUAGUCUUGUAGACGACUCUCCAACUCAUGAGCCCGUUCAAAAGAGUGAUCGGCCGAGGGGAAUAUUCAAUUUCUCGAAAUCACUCCCAGCAGGUGCUACUCGGCCUACUGCUGCGCGCCAUCUUACCCGGGAAGACUCGACAUCAUCUACCGACUCUUUCGCUACACCUGAAAACUACAAGCUGGUGAAGCCCCUUCCAGCCGCGUUCAUGUCCACGGGCCUCAUAUCGAAGAAGAAUCGCAACGUCGAUGAUCCUCAAAGUAUGCUGGGCUUCAGCAAAAACAUGCCCGACACACCAUGUAAAAGACCCAUCAAUUUGUUCACCACAAGCCAAAGACCCCCAGAGGAACCGCUGGGAAAGUCGACCUUCAGCAACCCGGUUGAUAUGCCUCCACCUUCGCCCUUCAACCCAUCAAGCUCACGUCCCAAACCAGGCCCAUUUGCGCGGGGUAUGGGCAUCUUUGGAAACACUUUCAAUCGAGGUGACAUUUCGCGACGUGGUAGUUUCGCUAGUCUAGAUGGAGAUGAUGGGAUACAAACGCAGUCGCCUUCUAACCGACAGGACUGCCAGCCGCUGAGUGAAUCCGAUUUUCCACCUACACCCACAAAGCAAACCUUCUUCCCCUCUCGAACAUAUCCACCCGCUGCCUCGCAGAUUGCCUCUCUUGAGCGAUUAUCGGAGGCUCGAGGCACCAACUCUAGUCCUCUACACGACAGGUUUCAACCGAACAACGACCCUAUCAAACCCGACUUCAAUCUAUUCAACCUCCCGGCCACCCCGACAGGACCGCGCGAUUCUUUUAUCAGCAAGCGACCCAGUCUUCCUCUGAACAUACACCAUGCUCCGGAUGUGGAUCCAUGCCUGACGUCUCGCUUUGAACACGUUGAGCUUGUUGGCACUGGAGAGUUUUCUCAAGUAUACCGCGUCUCACAGCCGAACGAGAUGUCCCUGUCAUCAAUCUUCUCGACAACCCCAAAGUCGCCCAGGGCACUGCCAGAGCAGGUCUGGGCUGUCAAGAAGGCCAAACAGCCAUACACAGGCUUGAAGGACCGAGAACGCCGUAUCCGAGAAGUGGACGCGUUAAAAGCUCUCACGAACUCGGAUCACAUCAUAUCCUUCACUGACAGCUGGGAAGACCACGGGCAUCUUUAUAUCCAAACAGAAUACUGUGAAGAGGGUAGCCUCGAUGUCUUCCUUGCCCAAGUCGGACUCAAAGCAAGACUCGAUGAUUUCCGAAUCUGGAAGAUCUUGCUUGAGCUGUCUACGGGCUUGAAACAUAUUCAUGACUCCGGGUUUAUCCACCUCGACUUGAAGCCGGCAAACAUCUUGGUCUCUUUUGAAGGUGUUUUGAAGAUCGCAGAUUUCGGCAUGGCAUCUCGAUGGCCAGCCGAGGAGGGGAUCGAAGGCGAAGGAGACCGCGAAUAUAUCGGACCAGAGAUCCUUAUGGGGCGCUAUGACAAACCCGCGGACAUUUUCUCCCUUGGCCUGAUCAUGUUUGAGAUUGCUGGCAACGUCGAACUCCCAGACAACGGCCUUUCAUGGCAGAAGCUCAGGAAUGGUGACAUGAGUGAUGUUCCAAGCUUGACCUGGAGUUCUGAGACCACUGUCUUCCGUGAUGCGUCUGGUAACCCUGUUUCAGAAGAACCAUCUUUCGAGGAACUCUGUGCGUCAGAAUUCGGCGAUGACGACUUUGGUGUACCCAAUUUUCUCCGAAACAGCACGGAUCGAAAACCGAUCCCUUUCACUCGGAGCAGCGAGCUGUCCGACCCCCCGACCUUCAUGAUUGAUGCCAGCCACGAACAGUCUUUAGACAAGAUUGUGCGGUGGAUGAUCUCUCCCGAACCGCUUGACCGGCCGACCGCCGACCACGUUCUGGAGUCGUACGGAGUCCAGUUUGUCGCGUCGCGACGUCGGGCUGGGGCCACUGUUUAUGAGGGCAACUGGGGCCCUGCCGACGAUGUUCUUGCGGAAGAUGCCGAGAUGAUCGAUGUUUGA